AUGACUGAACCAGCCCCAGACCUGAGCGGCAAUCCAACUGAAAUUCAAUGUCCAAAGUGGAGAUACUUAACAGUCAUUCUGGCCGCAUUUAUGAUCAAUUUCACGGCCUGCGGUAUACUCUUUGGUUUUGGUGUCUACCAGGAGCAUUACGAAACCAUGGUGCUUCGAGAAGGGAGCCCCUUCACUGGGGCCUCUUCGGCUACAAUAGACCUCAUAGGGACGCUUUCAGCGUCGCUCAUGACAGUAACGGCUCCGUUUGUCAUGGCAUGGGUCAAAUAUUUCAAGCCUCGAAACGCCAUAUGGGCUGGCGGCAUCCUCUUUGGUGUCGCGAGCGUUCUGGCGAGUUUCGGCAAGGUCCUGUGGCACUUUCAGCUGGCUCAGGGAUUGCUGCUCGGAAUCGCGACAGGGCUUUCGUUUGUCCCGUCUAUGACCAUUGCACCCACAUGGUUUGACAAGCGAAGGGGCUUAGCGAUGGGUUUUAUUUCUGCUGGCACUGGCAUCGGCGGCUUGGUCUGGGCACCAACAAUCUCAGCAUGUAUCAACAACAUCGGCUUCCGGAAUACCCUGCGACUGACGGCAUGCCUGGCUACCACGAUUAUUUGUAUUUCUGGGUCGUUCCUUGAUUGGGAGCCGAGCAUGGCGAAUCAUCUCGCCGCCAAAAACAAGGCCCUAUCCCCUGUUACAGCACUCUUUAACAUUCCCCUUCCCGACUGGCAGACUGCGAAGCGGCCAAAAUUUAUUCUGCAAGCUGCCAGCACUAUAUUCCAAAGCGCUGCUUAUUACACGCCGGUCUUCUUCACAGUCCUUUAUGCUAAAUCACUAGGCUACGACGAGAGAGAGGGGGCAAACUUGACAGCGUUGAGUAAUGCCUGCAAUGCUGUCGGCAAGAUUGCGGUGGGGUUCAUCUCGGAUCGAGUUGGAAGACUCAACUCGUUCUUUCUAACGACAUUGCUUACUGCGAUAAUCAGCCUGGGUUUAUGGGUCCCCAGUACACUUGUCGCAACCGUCGACGAACCAACAGCGAGGAACCUGUUCAUCAGCUUUACCGUCCUAUACGGAUUGUUUGCUAGCGCAUUCAUCAGUCUGUUCCCAGUGGCGUUGAUUGAGCUGUUUGGGGUUAAGGAGAUUCCUCGCAUGGGUGGAGUUUUCUACAUGCUGCAAGGGUUAGCCACGCUUGUGGGCACUCCUGUCGCUGGCGUACUAGUUCCGGGCCACGGUGUGCCGAGAGACGCCAACAGUUACACGCCUGUAGCAGUUUUGGUGGGAGCAUUGAUGGCUGUGGCAGCUGUGUCUGUGGCUGGAGUUAGAGCCGAGGCGACGAGGGUACCCGGGCAUGGCCUCUGGAAGUGGAAGUGGAAGUUGUAA